GUUUCUUGUCUGACAUUGAAAAGAAAGCCAUCGCUCAUCCCAGGCUAUGUUGAAAAAACUAUGUAUUACCUUGGAUGUAUGGAGUCUGGAACUGCAACACGUGACCGGUUCACUUCCUUCGCUUCACUCGGGGGGUGAAUUAAUACGUUACUCAACAAAUCCCGUAUAUCUUCUUACUCCGUACUUCGCACAAAAGCUACUAUCUGCUAUUGCCCAUUUGUGGUCCGAAGCAUUGCAUGUAAUACUGAAUCUACUCAUAGUGCAGACAUUCUCGCUCAACGCUAGAUCUCUCUAUCGAUAUCUCACUUCCCCUCAUAAAAUGACCCCUCUCUCUGAAUAAUUCUUAACAUUAUCAAAAAGUCAUGGCUGCUGAAGAGAAUCGAGAGUCUGAAAUCAUGCGUGUUGACAUGCCUACAUGGGAUAGGUAUGAUAAGCUCUGGUGCUUACGGGCCCUUUGGGACCCUGCAGAAUACCAAAGCUUUCGUGAAAGCCAAUUGAAAAUUCCGCGUGAUAUUAUGGCGAGAUGGCCCAAUUGGCCGGAGGCGAUACAGGAUAACCAGGAGAGAAUUGACUGGAUACUGAUGCACACGCCCGACGGCCCUACGUACGUGAAUUUUUGGACCUCUUCUCUUUCCUCGUCAGGGGCCUUACAGAGGCACUCUGGUACAAUUGUCCCCCCUUCCCAGUAUAACUGGAGAAACAAUCACAGCAUUAGACGCUCUGACAUAGCUAUUCCUCUGUCUAGUGUACCGGAGACAGAACCCACUGGCCUGUCGAGACUGGCAUAUCAUUGCAUCGAAACUUUGAAGCACAUCUUGGAGCACCAUUCCAUGCUAGCAGACUCGCAGAAGGUAAACAUUCUUGCAGCCCUAGAAGCCUAUCGAAGCGGGAGGUUAGAUCCGAAGCCGGGAGAUGUAACAUAUUGGUAUGCCGGAGUCCUUAAGGAGGACCCUGGACCCCAGGGUAGCCAAAGCUAUGCAGAAGCCAUGGACCGGUGGGGACAAGAGCACGGAGAAACCACUCUUUGGAUCGAGCCGGUAUAUAUUAUUUCGAUUUUGAUUGAUCUCCUUUUUUCUUUCUUUACUCCAUCUGUCGCUGUCGUGCCUACAUCUUGUCAAUCCCGUGUUGGAGAGUUCGAGAGUGAUUAAUAUGAUGAUGGCUUUCUGCCAGUCGACCAAAAAGGAGAACUCCUUGUCGGCCUACCUGGAUCUCUAACAUGAUUAAUGCUCACCAAAAUAGGUCGAACCAGUGUGGGGUGGCGGUAGAUACAUGCCACAAUGACCCAGCGCGUCAUGAAGUUACCGCUCCCCAUGAGGGACCACCAUGCAUCAUCUGCAAGAGUAGUGGACUGCAACAUGCUCGUGACGUACAAUAGCUCGGAAUCCAAUACCGGCAUAUAUUCAUGUUUUCCAUAACUACUAGAUACGUCUAUUAGUUAGAGUUCCUGGCAUUGAUAUCGCUCAUGAGAUCAGUAUUCCUUGAUUAUACUGGGUCCUCAUACCUAGAACU